GAGCGGGCAAUGACGUAGCACAAUGCGCGUUCUCGGUGCAUUAUGGGAUAGUGGAGAGUUGUGAGGCGGUGAAUGGUGACUACGGAACCGCUGAAAUGGAUGUAUUCUUAAUGAUCAGGCGUCACAAAACCACAAUCUUCACAGACGCCAAAGAAUCCACAACUGUCUAUGAGUUGAAACGCAUUGUGGAGGGCAUCCUAAAGAGGUCACCUGAGGAACAGAGACUAUACAAGGAUGAGCAGCCUCUAGAAGACAGUAAGACAUUAGGAGACUGCGGCUUCACGAAUCAGACAGCCAGACCACAGGCUCCUGGAACUGUAGGACUGGCCUUUCGUAUCAGUGGUGAUGCAUUUGAGUCCCUGCAGGUGGAACCAUUUUCCAGCCCCCCUGAACUUCCUGAUGUUAUGAAGCCACAGGACUCUGGCAGUACAGCCAAUGAACAGUCGGUGCAGUGAGCUGCACCCUAAUGACUAGAGUAUCAGGAGUGUACUACAGCUGAGCUAGGUGGGGACUGAUACAUAACAUGAAGAUGCUGCAAAUGAACAGUUGAAGUCUGGCUGCCACCUCCCCACUGAGCUAAGCCAGUUAUAAAUGUCCAGAGAAUUACUAACGAAUAAGAUUAUUGUUAUUUAUGUUUACUUUAUUAUCUGGACUGACACGCAUUUUCUUCUCAAUUGACUGACCUCAUUUUGUACGAUUCUUGUUUUCUUUGACGAAAUGACGCAUUUACAAGUGGAGAAGUUUUUCUUCAAAGAGACUGUUUUCAUCAUUUAUUAGAAAAAGAAUUGGGGUUUAAUAGCACAACUGUUGAGCAAGCUUGGCAAACAGGUUUGAAAUGCAAAUAUGCAUGUAUCCGUUUCAAACAUGAAUUUGUGCAGAAAACCUGUUAUCGUGCUGUCUUUUGAUAAAGAUGGCUAUAUUUUUUUGUUGAUCCUCUCCCUGUAGAUCUCCAGUGCAUAUGUAUAUUUUUUCUUGCUUCUGUUUGUGGUUGUUUGUACUUGCAUUGCAUUUGCAUUCAGACCAAAGCAUACUUGCGGUUGUGUAACAACACUUGUUUUAGUAACAUUCACCACUGUGUGCACUUUUGAUGGUUUUAUUAUAUAGCUGCCAGAAAGAAAAUGUUUUUAGACCAAUGGUCUUGGAAGGACUGCACACUAAAAACAUGGCCAAAACAUGUAUGUGUUGUAUGUUUUUAUUUAUUUAAUGUAGUGGAAUAUGUUUCUUAGUGAAUGUACAUAUUAACAGCUUUAUAGUGAGGUAAAUAAAUGGUAGUUGUAGUUUUA